AUGCGUGCUAGCAGUGCCGGCGGAUGAGGGGAGGGGAAGAAAAGAGGAGGAGAAGGAGAAAGAGUGGGGUGGCCGCAGAGGCGGCAGCAGCAGCAGUAACCGCGGCGGCGGUGACUGCGGGUACUACUCGCAGGCCUCGGGUGGCUGCUGCUGCUGGCGGUGGAAGCUUGUGGUGUACGGGGGGCUCCUUGGGAGAGGCAGCAGCUGCCGCAGCAGCACGGAGGGGUGGGGGGAGGGGGGAGAGGGAAGAAGCCACCGGAGCCGCCAGCAGUUCGCACGCAUUUGGAGAUUUGAUGACAUGCUACAAAGAACACUUUGAGCCUACAUUUUCCUGAAGAAUUCAUUUAAAAGGUCUCAGAAGAACAAGAGGUAGAUGUACAAAUGUCUACCACAAGACGAAAGCGCAGCAUGUUAUGUACUUUACCAUAAGCUGUCAUAAAAUGAGCUCAAUUGCAGACAGAGAUGAUGGUAGUAUUUUUGAUGGGCUGGUGGAAGAAGAUGACAAGGAUAAAGCAAAAAGAGUCUCCAGAAACAAAUCUGAGAAGAAGCGCAGAGAUCAGUUUAAUGUUCUUAUCAAAGAAUUGGGAUCUAUGCUUCCUGGUAAUUCUCGGAAGAUGGACAAAUCCACUGUACUACAGAAAAGCAUUGAUUUUUUACGGAAGCACAAAGAAAUCACUGCACAGUCAGAUGCCAGUGAAAUUCGACAGGACUGGAAACCUACAUUCCUUAGUAAUGAAGAGUUUACACAGUUAAUGUUAGAGGCUCUUGAUGGUUUUUUUUUAGCAAUCAUGACAGAUGGAAGCAUAAUAUAUGUAUCUGAAAGUGUAACUCCAUUACUUGAACAUUUACCAUCUGAUCUUGUGGAUCAAAGUAUAUUUAAUUUUAUCCCAGAAGGGGAACAUUCAGAAGUUUAUAAAAUAUUGUCAACUCAUCUGCUGGAAAGUGAUUCAUUAACACCAGAGUAUCUAAAAUCAAAAAAUCAGCUUGAAUUCUGUUGCCAUAUGCUCCGAGGAACAAUAGAUCCAAAAGAACCACCUACCUAUGAAUUUGUGAAGUUUAUAGGAAAUUUCAAAUCUUUGAACAAUGUAUCCAGUUCAUCACACAAUGGUUUUGAAGGAACCAUACAACGAUCUCAUAGGCCUUCAUAUGAAGACAGAAUUUGUUUUGUAGCUACUGUUAGGUUAGCUACACCUCAGUUCAUUAAGGAAAUGUGCACUGUUGAAGAGCCCAAUGAAGAGUUUACAUCUAGACAUAGUUUAGAAUGGAAAUUUCUCUUCCUAGAUCACAGGGCACCUCCCAUAAUAGGAUAUUUGCCAUUUGAAGUUCUGGGGACAUCAGGGUAUGAUUACUAUCAUGUGGAUGACCUAGAAAAUUUGGCAAAAUGCCAUGAACAUUUAAUGCAAUAUGGGAAAGGCAAGUCCUGUUAUUAUAGGUUCCUGACAAAAGGGCAACAGUGGAUUUGGCUUCAAACUCAUUACUAUAUUACCUAUCAUCAGUGGAAUUCAAGGCCAGAGUUUAUUGUCUGCACGCACACUGUAGUAAGUUAUGCAGAAGUUAGGGCUGAAAGACGACGAGAACUUGGUAUUAAGGAGUCUCUUCCUGAGAUAGCAGCUGAUAAAAGCCAAGACUCUGGAUCUGAUAAUCGCAUUAACACUGUUAGUCUCAAAGAAGCAUUAGAAAGAUUUGAUCACAGCCCAACUCCUUCUGCUUCAUCCAGGAGUUCAAGGAAGUCAUCUCAUACUGCAGUGUCAGAUCCUUCCUCAACACCAACAAAGAUUCCAACAGAUAAUAGCACUCCUCCCAGACAGCAUUUACCUGGACAUGAAAAAAUAACUCAAAGGAGGUCAUCAUUUAGUAGUCAGUCCCUAAAUUCUCAAUCUGUUGGUCAGUCUUUAACACAGCCAAUGAUGUCUCAAGCUACAACUUUACAAAUUCAACAAGGAAUAUCACAGCCCAUGUUUCAGUUUUCAGCUCAGUUGGGAGCCAUGCAGCAUCUUAAAGAUCAGCUGGAGCAACGGACCCGGAUGAUAGAGGCAAAUAUUCACCGACAACAAGAAGAACUCAGAAAAAUCCAAGAACAGCUGCAAAUGGUCCAUGGUCAGGGGCUACAAAUGUUUUUACAGCAAUCAUCCCCUGGAUUGAAUUUUGGUUCUGUUCAACUUUCUUCUGGAAAUUCAUCAAGUAUGCAACAACUUACACCUAUAAACAUGCAAAGUCAGGUUGUUCAGACUAAUCAGAUUCAAGGUGGAAUAAAUACUGGACACAUUGGUUCUCAGCACAUGAUGCAACAACAGCCUUUACAAAGUCCAGCAACUCAGCAAACUCAACCAAACAUUCUCGGUGGGCACAAUCAACAAACCUCUCUUUCCAAUCAGACUCAAAGCACGCUGACUGCUCCACUGUACAACACUAUGGUAAUUUCUCAGCCAACAACAGGAAACGUAGUCCAGAUUCCAUCUAGUGUACCACAAAACAACAACCAGAGUGCUGCAGUAACUACUUUCACCCAGGACAGACAGAUAAGAUUUUCUCAAGGUCAGCAACUGGUGACUAAAUUAGUUACUGCUCCUGUAGCCUGUGGAGCAGUUAUGGUACCUAGUACUAUGUUUAUGGGUCAGGUGGUAACUGCCUAUCCCACUUUUGCGGCCCAACAGCAGCAGCCACAGACAUUAUCAAUAACACAACAGCAGCAGCAGCAACAACAACAACAAAGCCAGCAGGAACAGCAGCUACCUACCAUUCAGCAGUCAUCUCAGGCUCCGCUGACUCAGCCAUCACAACAGUUCUUACAGACUUCCAGGCUGCUUCAUGGAAAUCCUUCAACUCAGCUUAUCCUCUCUGCUGCUUUUCCACUACAACAGGGCACUUUGACUCAGGCCCAUCACCAGCAGCAUCAGUCUCAGCAACAGCAACUUCCUCGGCACAGAACUGAUGGUUUGACUGAUCCUUCCAAAGUUCAACCACAGUAGCGAUUUGCCCCUUUUCUGACAUUGAAGGGGAGAGAGUAGCUAUUUCAUAAAGAGUUGCACUGAUGACCCAAUGAUGGUAGGAAAAAUUUAGACUAAAUAAGAUGCAGUAUUGGAAAUCUGUCAGAAGUGUUCUGUGGAAGUACACAUUAAAUACUAGCCAGCAGGAAGAUGAUCAUAGGGAUGUGGCCAAUUCUGACAGUGUUUUAGUUGCCCAGACAUUUUUUUUUAAUAAAUAAGAAAAGAGCAUCAUGCCAAAUGUUAAUUUGCCCAACGGAGCCCGAUCUAAAGUGAACCAGAAGGGCACUAACAAUGUUCAUUUCUGGUAAUUCUGUGCAUUUUAUCAAAUGUUACAGUAGACAUGCUGUUGCCACACCAGUGGUUUGAAUAUUGCUAAAAAAAAAAAUGCCAUAAAGACAGUCCAGAAGACUUUGUCCUUUGUCAGGUGAUUAUGGGACAGUAAAUAUUUUCAGAAUGUUGUGUGGAAUCAAAUUCUCUGUUGUACAGAUGCUGUAAAAUAUUGUGUAUAUGUCUGGAUAAAAAGAGAGCGCGCAAAAUAUUUUAUAUGCUGCAUGGAAGCAUACUCUCUUCUUUGUAGGUUUGAAUACAUUUCCUUAAAUUCUUGCACCACAUUCAGACUAAUACAUCCCUUUCUUUCCCUUUUGUUUACAACGCGAUACAUCGUUCUUUUCACUCUUUUGUGGGGCACAAGUCUAUUUGUAUUUUAUCUGUGAUGUCACAGUUUGUUCAGUGAGGUAUGAUGUGCUACUGGGAGUGGAUUUUUUUCAGGUUAAAUUAUUGAUGCAAUUGUUGGAACUGAUGGUCGUGCAACAGGGUUUUCAGGAUGUUCAGAAAUAUCCCUUGUAUCAUAAUUAUUCAAUUAUGUUUGAAAAUAGGAUUUGCACUGUUUUAUGUAUGUAGAUGGUUGGGAAUUUUGCUCCCUGGAGUGAUCACAUCUUUUGAUAUAGUUCAUAGUUGGAAAUAUUUAUGUAAAAGUUUUAAAAAAUAAUUUCAAGAAUAUUUCAGCUAUAGGAGUAAUUUGCACAAAAUGUACUUACAUUUUAGGCACUUUUUAACUUUCUCUGUGGUGGGAACUGUAACUUGUUAAAAUGUGUUGGAAAUCUUUUUAUUGUCUUUUACAACUUCAGUGUUUCUUUUAGACAGAAAUGAUUCAGGGUUGUUUGAAAAAAAAAAAGCCCCAUAGUGCCUUGAUUUUGAUUCAGGUGAUAAUGCUGACCAUUGUUUGAACUAUGUUGUCUUGAUUCUGUAGCAAUAUUACAGUUUUUGAAGUCUUAGUACAGUUUUAACAAAAUCAGAGUGUUGACUAAUAUUGUUAUUUUUCUCCCAGGGAAGACUACUUUAUUUCAACUGGAGAUCAUGCGUAAUUUGAAAAAAAGUGACACCUCUUUGUUUUCACAGUCAUUAAUAUUAUCCAGAAAUUCAGAGCUUUCUUAAAUGUAGACUUGGCUGCUUUCAAGCCACAAUAUUUAUUUAAGAACUGAGUUGUAAAUUGACUUGAUAUUCAUAUAGUUUAAUAGAAAAAAUUAGGAGGCAAGAUUUGGAUUAGUUGGAUACUCAAAAAUUAAAGUAACGUAUUCAGCAUGGUUUCUAACAUGAACUAAGACUUAAGGCAACUUCAUGUUACAAAGAUAAUAAAAAAUUCCAACAGAAAAGAUAUACUUUAAAAAAUGCUCUACAGAAGAAAUUUUUUUAUGGUACUUGUAAUUAAGUCCACAUCUACAGAGGAAAAAAAAAAUGCAGAGGAAAUCUUAUUAGGAUAUUUGAAAUUGCCCCCCACCACCACCAAGAACAUUUAACACAGCAGUUAUUGGUAAAUAGUUUUAUUUUUUCAUGAAAAUAACUGAACAUGGAAUGCUAGAUAACUAAGAUUCAAAUUGAAUCCUAAGGCUUUUUAAGAUCCACUGUGGCUGAAACAUUGUUAUUGUUCUUGCAUCCAAUCAGCAACUAGUACUUAAAAACCACAAUGGAAAUGAAAAAUAGAAAUGAAAAAUAAAGAACCAAAGAAAGGUAGGACCUGCCUCUGUAAAAAGGAGCAGGACAAGAUACCAAUAUUUAACAUAUCAAGAAUCCCUUUUCAAGCUGUGUAAUCUUUCAGAAGAGAUUUGUCAUUCCCAUAAAUGAAAGAAAACCAGUUUUCACCCUGGUGUCUAUAUCUGAAUAUAACUAUAUAUAAGCAAAACUGAUGGUUUAGAAUGUUCAAAAUGAGAUGUUAUUUUUCCCUCACCUAAGAUUGCCUUGUUAAAAUUGUUAUACCAUUCCACAUACACGUAUCUGAAAUAAGACUUUAUCUGUUAGAGGUGUGUGCUGAUAAAGAUGAGAUAAAUAUGUAGACCUAUUUAAGGUAUGCCAGGUAACUUUAAGCAAGCACCUGUCAUUAAAGGAAAAACAGGGUGACCUCUGAGCCCUGCAAACUCAGGUUGAUACAAUCAAAGUGAAGCAGGAGGCUCUACUCUUAGCCAAGGAGUUAGUAAAUCAGUAAAUCUAAGUACCGUAUUUACUCAUGUUCUCCCUGUUACCCUGCCUUAAAUAGUUCCCACCCAAUACAUAUUUUGAAUAGAAAAUCAAGAGAAAUUGUUUCAAUGCAUAAUUCCCACUCCCCUCUUCCAGACUCUCUCUUGCUUUGAAAUGGCAGCCACUGAAAUGAAAUACUUGGCUACUUUUCAUUGACCAGGGUGGUGUAGGCUAGUCUCCAUCCAGCUGCCACUUACUCUCCAUCCCCUUAUUUUUGUCUCUCACUCUCUCUCCCACCUAUCUCUCUUGGUCUAGGGCUGGUGGGGCACUUGCAGUCUGGAGGCCAUUGUAGGUUUCCCAACCCGGUAGGUAUGCGAGUUUCUAAAGUACUUUCAACUAUAUGGUGAAGGUGUUAGGUGAAGCUAUGGUAGCAGCUGCCUAGUUCUUAAACUCAAUCUGUCUCUUAAAAGGAAAGAUCACAAAUUAAAAUGCUACCUUUUAGAAUUUAGAAAAUCCACCAAAUUCUCCCUAUCAAACAUAUCUGAAAGAAGCUUUCGACACUAAGCAGCACUUUUAAAGAACAAGAGAGGAUGCAAAGAAAACGUUAGGAGCUCUAGCUUUUUUGUGUGUGUUAGCACGCUGGGAGAGAAUUUCAGAGACUAAUCAACAUUGCAGAAAGUGGUGACUCAUUGGAACCCAGAGGCUCAUUCUCCUGUUUUUUGAGCCAAAAAUCUGAAAGGAAAAAUGAGAUUAUGUUGUCAUAAGCAUGAUGAUUCAGGAUUGAUUCUCUGUACCACCUUAUCUGAUGAAGAUAAUCCUUUGUCUUUGUAAACCUGGUAUGUACCAAGAAUAUACUGGUAGUAAUAGGAAACCAAGGCAAUCUACUGGUUUUAGAUAAAGAAACUUGGAGCAGAAUGUAUUAAAAAUAUUUGGAUCUUUUGUAUGGUAUUGUAGGCAUUGCCUUAAAAGGAAUCUGUUGUCCUGUGAGCUAUUGAAUUAGCUAUAUAGAAGGGCUCUGUGAUUCAGACAGGUCUUAAACAAAAAGCCUUAGAGAAGAGCACUUAAAAUGGAAUUGUUUCCCCUGCUAAUUACUUAUGGAGAAAGAUUCCAUGUAACUGGAAAAUUAUUCAAGACAUUUAGACCACUUCUGCCAUUUCUAGGUAAACUUUUUUUUUAAAGAAUAGAAAGCAUAUAGCAUUCUACCUGAAACCCAUUUUCUAUCUACUUUAUUUCUUUUUUGUCCUACACUUUCAUUAGUGACUUUGAAUGUAUGGGUAAGCAUAUUUUGCUUGUGUCAAACUCAUUCACGUAUAUAGCCUCUCCAAUGUCUGUGACCCUGCUUAUCAGUCCCAUGGGAGUAAUAAUGUUGGAAGGUACAAACACUGGAUAUUAACAUUGCUGAAGUGAGUCUGACAAGGAAGCUAGAGCACUAGAAUAAGAAUUGUGGAAAAGAAAUUGCACAAAGGCACUUAUCCAUUUUAAGGAAGAUUAGAUGAAGAUGUGCAUUUUUUUUGGUUUGUUUGAAUUAGGUAAGAACUUUCUGAACUGAGCUCCUAAAGUCAUUGCAAAAGAAAAGAAAUAUAAAUAUUUUUAUAGUAUAUUUAAUAUAUAUAUAUAUUUGUAUAUAACUGUAAAAGUAUAGUAGGAGCCCUUCACAUGCCUUCCAUUUUAAUCUAGUUUACUUUUGCCAUAGCGCUUAGUGUUUUUCCAUCUGUAUAGGUAAUGUGCCUACUGUCAGCUUACCAAAAGAUAGUAUUGCUGCUUUCUGGGACAGGUGAGAACCAAUUUCUCAUGCCUGGGGAUCCUUUUACAUGGGGAAUAAUGACAAACCCUUUAAAAACUCAAGUUUAGUACCGUCUAAAAACAUCAUCUGGAUAUCUCAUGAGCACUUUAUUGUAAUUACUCAUUUUGACAAACAGUUUAUCAUUACAGAUGUUAUUCCCAAAGGGCCCCAUGUCACCAUUUGAAUAAUAAAGUGAUACGUUUCAGGUCUAAGCAUUUAGACUCAGUGAACCUUAGGUUUAUGGGAGUGAUUUUAAAGUGUCAAAAACCACUUGGCUCUGUUUUUGUUUUUCAAAUGUUGAAGGAAUUGUUUGUAGGUGAAUAGUUCCAUUUAGAGAUUUUCUUAAAUCUGUCUUGCCUUUUGUGUGGCCACCAAAAAAAAUAUAAAUAAGACCAAUGAGCCUGUUUAGUUUUCAGAAGUCUAGAAAAAUUUUCUUCUGACUAGGGGUAUAGACCUAAUGUUCAAUAAAUUGGUAGUAGCAAAUCCUUGAAUAUCAGUUUUAAGAAGCAAACCAAAUUGUUCUGAAUGUUUUAAAUGUUGUGUCCUACAGUGUUGGCAGGCCAUUUUAGUGUCUCAUUUAAAUUGUUCUUAAAGCAGUUCUGUACUAGAAAACCUGGGGAAAUGGCUGCUUUGGACAAGAUUGAGAAGAAUCUGUCAUUCAAUCUUAUGUUGUCUCCUUUGGAAAAACUGGAGAUAACUGAAAUGUAUUGAGGUGGUCAUUAAUGCAGGAUGUUAGAAACUGAAUGUUGACUAAUUCAGAAGAAAUGAAUCAAACUUGGACAUUAAAAAAAUUUAAAACCGCUUGUGCACAAGAAUUUUGGAAGUUUCUUCAUGUCCUAAUUUAACACUACAUUCCUUAUUUUUCUUAAAUAAAAUAGUAAUUUAAAGGUUCUGUGAUGUUUUCAGUGCUUUAUGCUUUGUUAAUUGCCUAGGUUUCCUCAGCCUGAUGCUCCUUAAUGAAAUAAUAUAUUAUUUGUAAAGAAGGUAUUACAAAACAAACCCUUACCCACCAGCAAACACUGAGAGGUGCUGCACUGAGACAAUCAAAAUAGUAUUUAUAAAUAAUUUGGAAAAUGGUUUUAAAGGAAUAAUUGCUUUGAAAGCACUUAUGUGACUUAUUAAAAGACUAAAAGUAUUUAUUUUAAAAUAAAUCUGAGUGUUAGAAACUGAAUGUUAAGGUGAUCUGUAUCAUUUUUUGUUUGCUUUUUGAUUGGCAUAAAGAAACCCUUUCAUUUUGGGCCCCUGCUAUUUAUCAUUUUCAUGUGCAUCUGUGGCUGUCCUUAUGUAGGUCAGCCGUGAAGGAACUAUAAUCCUUCACCUAAAAUAUAGCAAAACUAUCUCAUUGCCCUACUGCUCUUAACUGGUUUUAAAAAAAUCAGAAUAAAGGUAACUCCUUCAAAAGA